AUCCUUUCAACGGCGAGAGGGUUCGUUCCUUUCCUUCUUUGACCUUUCACCCCAAGAUGGCGGCGCCCGUGGGUCCGUUGAAGUUUUGGAAACCGGGCACAGAAGGACCUGGUGUCAGCCUCUCCGAGGAGAGACAGAAUGCUGCUGAAAGUUCAAGUGUUUCGGUUAUCUAUAAUCCCUAUAUUUCCCUUUCUAUUGAGCAACAGAGGCAAAAGCUGCCUGUUUUUAAGCUUAGAAAUCAUAUCCUUUAUCUGGUAGAAAAUUAUCAGACAUUAGUGAUUGUUGGAGAAACAGGAUGUGGGAAAAGUACUCAGAUUCCCCAAUAUCUAACAGAAGCUGGCUGGACUGCUGAAGGCCGGAUAGUGGGAGUAACACAACCUCGGAGAGUUGCUUGUAUUUCAAUUGCAGAACGGGUAGCUGAGGAGAGGGGUGCCUUGCUGGGCCAUGAAGUUGGAUAUUGCAUUCGAUUUGAUGAUUGUACUGACCCAAAGGCUACAAGAAUUAAGUUUCUGACAGAUGGAAUGCUGGUCAGGGAAAUGAUGGCUGACCCAUUACUAACCAGAUAUAGUGUCAUCAUGUUGGAUGAAGCUCAUGAAAGGACUUUAUAUACAGAUAUUGCUAUUGGCUUAUUAAAAAAGGUUCAGAAAAAACGAGGAGAUCUUCGCUUGAUUAUAUCAUCUGCUACACUGGAUGCUGAGAAAUUUAGGGAUUUCUUUAACCAAAAUGAGAGCAGUGAUCCAAGCAAAGAUACCAGCAUGAUCCUCACUGUGGAAGGAAGGACGUUUCCUGUGGAUGUCUUCUACAUUCAGAGUCCUGUUCCAGAUUAUGUGAAGUCAACUGUGGAAACGGUCAUGAAAAUUCAUAAUUCAGAAGGUGAUGGAGAUAUACUGGCAUUUUUAACUGGCCAGGAAGAAGUAGAAACAGUUGUUUCUAUGUUGAUAGAACAAGCUCGAAUCAUCGCUCGCACAGGCAUGAAGAAGCACUUGCGUGUUCUUCCUAUGUACGCUGGAUUGCCUGCUACUGAGCAGAUGAAAAUUUUUGAAAGGAUGUCUCAUAAUGUGAGAAAGGUGAUAGUGGCUACUAACAUUGCAGAAACCUCUAUCACAAUCAAUGGCAUUUCAUUUGUCGUUGACUGUGGCUUUGUGAAGCUUCGUGCAUAUAAUCCCAAAACAGCCAUUGAAUGUCUUGUGGUUGUCCCAAUCUCGAAGGCCUCGGCUAAUCAGAGAGCUGGUCGUGCUGGUCGGAAUCGCUCGGGAAAAUGUUACAGACUUUACACAGAGGAAGACUUUGAGAAGUUGCCACAGUCCACCAUUCCUGAAAUGCAACGCAGUAACCUGGCACCAGUUAUAUUGCAGCUUAAAGCAUUAGGAAUUGACAACGUGCUUAGGUUUCCCUUCCUCUCACCUCCACCAGCUCAAUCAAUGGUGCAAGCUCUGGAGCUGUUGUAUGCCUUAGGAGGACUGGAUAAAUAUUGUCGUCUCACUGAACCUCUGGGAAUUAGAAUAGCAGAGUUCCCUUUAAAUCCCAUGUUUGCAAAGAUGCUCCUAGAAUCAGGAAAUUUUGGUUGCUCCCAAGAGAUUCUGAGCAUUGCAUCCAUGAUGCAAAUCCAAAAUAUCUUCACAGUUCCUCCAAACCAAAAAGCUCAAGCUAUUAGAGAACAUAGAAAAUUUGCUGUUGAGGAGGGUGACCAUCUCACGAUGCUUAAUGUCUAUGAAGCUUUUAUAAAACACAACAAAAGUUCUCAGUGGUGUCAGGAACACUUUCUGAAUUAUAAAGGUCUUGUUAGAGCCACAAUUGUAAGGGAGCAGCUGAAAAAACUUCUUGUCAAGUUCAAAGUGCCCAAAAAAUCUAGUGAAGGUGAUCCAGACCCUGUUCUAAGAUGUAUUGUUUCUGGAUUUUUUGCUAAUGCAGCCAGAUUUCAUUCUACUGGAUGUUACAGGACUAUUCGCGAUGAUCAUGAACUUUAUAUCCAUCCCACUUCAGUGCUGUAUGCAGAGAAGCCUCCUCGUUGGGUAGUGUACAAUGAAGUUAUACAGACUUCAAAGUAUUACAUGCGAGAUGUUACAGCUAUUAAAUCUGCUUGGUUAUUGGAACUGGCCCCUCAUUUCUAUCAGCAAGGAACGGUACGGGCUCGGCAUGGACUCCAAACGCAUCUUUCCCUGAAAGCCAAAAGAGCUAAAGUAGAUGACCACUGACUCUCUCUGGCUGUUGGAAUUCAUCAUGUGCGAUGCUGAAAUUGUCGCCAAUUUGAAAAUGUACAACUGUCCUUCCAACAAUUAGUUGAUUAGCAACCUGACCUCAUAUCAACUAUUCAUGUUGAAAUGCCUGCUUGCCAGGAUUCUGUAGGGAUGUAUGCAUGACCAAUACAUUGUAACACUUAAAUAGAGCUUGUAUUGUGGACAUCUUAUCCAGCAGUCUAGUUGUGAUGACCACUUCUGUUCAUCAGGGCAUUAUGCUCAUUUUGAAAUAAAGUAGAAAAAUUAUCAGUGCAAAAGGAGAGAGAUGCAAUUCAAGGAAAUUUGCAAUACAUGGAUACAUUAUACUCUUAAAACAGAAAAGGAAGGAGGCAAAUACAGUGCCCUCAGAGAGAUGCUCAGGAUCCUUCAGACCACUGUGAGAAAUGUGAUCAUCCUGGAACUACCUGCUAAUAUUAGGCAGAUUUGGAAACACAAGCAAAGCCUUGACGUACCUUAAUGGGUAGAAAUGAAAACCUUGAAACUGUGAUUGUGCCUAACUGCUGUGAUUUUUCCCCCUGCCUUUUUUCUUGUAAAGCAAUAGAUUUCUAAUCUUUUACCAGUUUUUACAUUUGUUCUUUCUUGCAUUUUCUCUCUUACAAUGGUCAUGAUUUUCAAAUUAACUUACUUUACAACUAUAAUGUCAAGAUUGUCACUAAAUUAAGCUUCUUGAGAAAGGACUUUAAGGUGGGCUUAUAGUUUGUUGUUUCCUUUCAUUUCAAAAUUAAGAAAUAAGGAACUUGGAGGCAAUAUCUGCACAUUCUCAAAGUUUUGGUAUUAUAGUUAACAAAACUCUGUGGUUCUUGGCAUGUGGUUUAUGUCCAAUGCCAGUCUGCUAAAAUUCAGAUAUUGCUGAUUAUAGCAAUGAGGAUAAAGAAUCCAACUUUAAAACAGAGCCAGAAGGACCACAUCCAGAAGAUAUUCUCUUUUUCUCCAGCUGAGGCUCAGUUGAAUAUAAGAUUUCCUUGGAACGGGACACAGGGCGCUGUAGAAUUGCUACUGCUCUGCCUACAUAGGUUUCUGUUGCAUGCUCCUUGUACAGUAAAUAAGAAGUUUUGGCAAAAUGUCUGUAGCUUGGGGGAGGGAAAGAUAUUAGUGAAACAGCAAAUUAGAACAAAUUCAAGAAAUUAAAUUCCCUCCAAGAAAUGGAGUACUGUCCCCAUUUUACAAUUAACUUGAGAUCCAUUUGACAGUGUUGUUUAUAGUGAAAUCUAACAAAUGAUAAAAAUUACUUUCAUGGAUCUUAAAAGAAAUCUUUUGACAUACAUUUUUUAAAUAAAAUGUUCUGAACUUUGCAGUUGUGCUGGGAUUGUUUUCCUCAGAGAGGAAGGAUGGCUUGUCUAGAGUACACUGCUGAAGGUGUGCACUGACUGUUUUUCUUUUGUAAUUUCCUUCUUUGCUUCAGUAUGUUGAUAUUUAUUUUGAAAUACUUAUUUUAGAUAUAUGUAUCUUGGAAAUAUGGAUUUGUCUUUCUUUCUAGAACAUACGUUGGUUGUAUGACUUGUUCUCUUCUUUUUUAUUCUUUUAAAAUACAUAUAAAUUGUGGCAUUAUUUUUACACAGAAUAUGGAUGUGCAUCCUGAGUCACUUUUUCAAAUUCCUCUUUCCAUUCUGCUUUUCACAAGUCUGCAGAGAA